GGUUCCUCGACAGUGACUCAACUCCAACCUCGCAAAUCAGAUCCUACAUAUUCAGCAGGAAGCGCACCUGGCCGGGGCGCGCCUCCGCCUCCCCGUCCCCGUCAGCGCACCUUGCAUGUGACGGGAGCAGCUGCCGAGGGGGCGCCACCCCGCGCCGGAAAGCCACGGAAAUCACGUUUAAAGUUUGCGAACCAUCUACCAAUAGCUGUUUCUAACCACUAUGCAGGCAGCUGCUGUCUCAGGCUGGACGCUGAAGGAACUGCAGCCCAUGGUGCACUGAUAAAAGAUUCUGUACAAAAGCCAAAUAAGCAGUUGUCAAGGGCUCGUCUACUGGGUGAAAGUGGAACGGAACUGGAAUGAAGGCUGUCUGGAGGUCCGGGAGCGCCACAGCGCCCCCUGCCGCACGGCAGGGCGAGCGGCAGGGCAGCGGGGAUCCCGGACACGGCCGGGAGCUUCAGAGCAUCUGCGGGAGAGCGUCGGCCGGUGCAAGAUGACUCAACACAUAUCACUGAAAGGCAUGGACCGGUUCCGCAGCCUUUUCCUCAAACUGGACAGAAAUAACGACGGCUAUAUUUCUGUUGACGAGCUGCACAAGGAAAUGGAAAAAAUAGGGGUUUUAUCUGCUGACCAGAAGGCUCAGGGCAUCGUCGGUAACUAUGAUCAGGACGGCGAUGGACGCUUAGAUUACAAUGAGUUUCUCAGCUAUAUGCAGGACAGAGAAAGGAAAUGGAGAAUUAACUUUAAUGCGUUCGACAGAAAUAAAUGUGGAGUGAUUUGCCAGGAAGAAAUCAUAAUUUUAUUUAAGGAAUUAGGACUGGUCAUUUCUAAGAAGAAUGCAGAGAAGAUCAUACAGAUGAUGGAUGAGGAUCACUCCAUGACGGUGGACUGGGGCGAGUUCCUGCAGCAUGUCGUCCUAAACCCGGUGGAGGACAUUCGGGACCUGGUGUUGUCCUGGCAGCGCAGUACGGUGUUUGACGUGGGGGAAGGCGUCACGCUGCCUAUGGAGUUUUCACAGCAGGAUGCCGGCUCUGGGGCCAUCUGGAAGUACAUCUUUGCUGCCGGACUGGCGGACGCGAUGUCCAGGACCCUAACGGCACCCAUCGAUCGGCUGAAAACCCAGCUUCAGGUGUAUGGAUCCAAAACCAUGUCGCCCAGCUUUAAGGAAGUCCGCUUUGGAGCUUUCAAGUCCAUGUGGCAAGGAAACAUGGUGAACGUCCUUAAAGGGACACCGCAGUCAACACUUCAGUAUGUCAUCUACAGCCAGAUGAAGUCACACACGCAGGCUGCGGAGUGCUCCCUGACCGUGCCUCAGCGGUUUGGGCUGGGCUGCCUGUCUGGGGCAGCUGCACAUGCCGUCUUUUACCCUCUAGAGGUGUUGAAGGUGCGGCUGAAUCUUCAGCCAGUCGGCACCUCCGCCGGGGUUUUGGGCUGUGCCAGGGCUCUUUAUCACAGCGAGCGGCUCUCAGCCUUCUACAGGGGCUUCAGGCCCAGCGUCAUGUGCAUGAUCCCGUACGCUGGAGUGGAAUGUGCCGUGCAUCAGUCAAUUAUAAGCUGGGCAAAGACUGAUCCAGCCAACAGCGAUGAGUCCAAGCUAUUCCUCUUCAGCUUUGUGGCCUUUGCGUGCGGACAAACAGCCAGCUACCCCCUGGCGGUAAUCAGGACCCAGCAGCAAGCUCAAGCUCUUAGUGUGAAUCCCAAGGCUUCCAGCGCACUUCAGGGACUCCAGAGUAUCUAUACGGCAUUUGGGAUUCGGGGUUUUUACAAUGGAAUGGGGGCGAGUUUUGUUAAAGCACUCCCAUGCGCCAUUUUAAACUACACUCUGACACCAGCGUUUGGAAGACUGCUCUCCUCAGAUGCGUGAUGGUGCUGCUAGCCUGUGUCUGCUGUGUCAGUGCAGAGGACUGUAAUCCAUCACCAAGUGUGACAUACAGGAUGUCCUGUUCCUGAGCCAAAAGCCACCAAAGAAGUUCUUGGAUUUGAAUUCUGAAACUUCACAUGUCAAACUCAGAUUAUGUGAUCUUUCACAGAAAAGGGAAACAGUGGCUGCUUAGUAAUAGUGAGAAGCACUUCUCACCAUCAUGAGUUUCCCAGCCUUGUGCCCCGUGAUUGGCCGUCAUCCCAUCCAGGAGUCUCCCAGCCUUGUCCCCUGUGCUGCGUGGGAUUGGCUCCAGGCUCCCAUGUGACUCUGACCUGGACAAGCGCUUGGAUGAUGGUGGGUGAUGGACAGAAAGAAACUCCACCAUGUAUUUUCAGCUUUAUCACCAGGAAAUAAAAGUAUAUGAGAUUCCACCUUUCAACAAAUAAAAGACAUUUGAAUGAGAGAUGAUGAGAGCAGUGAGGUGGGAGUGUCGCACUUGCACUGUGAGUCUGCAAUAUUAUCAAAUGGCUGUUCACGCUGGGAACUGAAGGCAUCCGCUUCCAUCACAAGGUUUAUCCCUUAAAUGCACACAUGCAGUGUGGAGAUAAACACUCCUGGAAACAAAAAACUA